AUGACAGAGUUCAAUCCCAUAUGGGAACAAGUCAUAAACACUUUUAAAAAUACCUCGGAAAGCAACACUACCAAGGCAGCCGGUGUUGUGGAAGCACGUCAGCAUCAACAGAAACUCCUCCUGAAGUCAAAAGCCUGUGUGUGCCCCCGGCCUAGAACACAGGUGUGCCGCACGGCAGCGGCCACUGCUCUGUCCUCAUCAUCUACUGAUGUCAUGAUUUGGAAAUCCGAUCUGGAAUACGUGCCCGCACAUACAAGUGACACGAAGCAGGUUGCUGAGGGGUGGUUUACUCACUUUUAUGUGGUUUCUGUGCUCUGGAAUGGCUUUCUGCUGAUCUGGCUUUUCCAAGCGGAGUUCCUCGGUUGGUCACUCCCAUCAUGGAUUCAGCAAGUGCACUACGCUCUUGGCAGAGAUUCUCAGAGUGAGGACACAGACAAUGAGCACUUCUCUGCACUCCUGGUUCUCCUGCUGCUUUGGUUGCAUAGCUGUCGAAGACUUGCAGAAUGCCUCUGGACCAGUGUGUUUUCCAGUGGUGUCAUUCAUAUUGUGCAGUAUUGCUUUGGACUUGGUUACUACCUUGCUGUUGGCUUAACUGUACUAUGUCAAACGUCUACCAACAUCAGGAGUGGUAAAGAGCUUUCUAUGCAGAUCCGGUGGUAUCACAUUGUAGGAGUUGCGAUGUACAUUUGGGCCUCCCUUCACCAGCACAGAUGUCUUGUGAUUCUAGCUAAUCUUAGAAAAAAUAAAUCAGGAAAGGUCGUAAGUCUGAGCCACAGUGUGCCUUUUGGAGACUGGUUUGAGACAGUUUCUUGCCCUCAUUAUUUUGCAGAGCUCCUCAUCUAUGUAUCUAUGGCCGUCACACUUGGAUUCCACAACGUGACGUGGUGGUGUGUAGUGCUGUGUGUUCUUUUUAACCAGGCACUGGCUGCUGUUUUGUGUCACGAGUUCUAUCAGAAAAACUUCAGCUCCUACCCAAAGCAUCGAAAAGCUUUUAUACCUUAUGUUUUUUAG